AUGGACACGUCCGAUGAUGCCUCCGACACUGAGCGAUUAUGCAAGAAGCGCGCAAUGGAGGCUCAGGGAUGGUCCAACCCGGAUCCAUACACCGCGCUACCCCCACCAAGCCAACAAAUGGAUAACAGUUUCGACAUUGUCAAGCUGAUUCGCAAAGCGAGGCUUGACAAUGCAGCGAAGGUAGAAGAGACAGAUGAACUCAAGGAGAACUUGGAUUUCGUUUCCUUCGGCAUGACAUCAGAAUCAGAACCUCAGAGCAACGCUCCGAGAACACCGCCAACAUCGCCCCCAAAGGGCCAGCACGCCAGAAAAACUGGCAAUGCUGCAAGCAAGUACGACUACGACGGUUCCGUUAUCAGUGAGCGAAGACCACUGUCUCAAGAGCUGGGCACGCCUUGGUUAGAUCACGAGAUUGUCAGCUUCUAUGACUGGGCCAAGCCACAGGAAAUUGAAAACAUUGUCCGCAGAGAUCUCGUCGAACGAUUGGAUACUGCAUUCCAGAAUCGGUACGGCGGCAUUGAAAUCCAUGGCUUUGGCUCUUUUGGCUCUGGUAUCUAUCUGUCUACUGCCGAUAUUGACCUUGUGCUACUGUCAGACACGUUUAGACGCACAGGGGCAAAGAAGGUUGCCGAUACUUCCGAUGCGGAUAGCCGCGUCACAUUUCCCGAGCCGGAAGUCUCGCAUCAAACUAGUUUCAAUGUGCUUGCAUUAGUGGAAGAGCUAACCAAGCCUCUUGCGCGCUAA